GAGCGGAGAGCAGAAGCCGCUUUUAUUGUCUCAUCUGAGCCCGGAACCGGUGUCCGGUGGGCCCGGUUCUGCCCUCCUCUCCUCCGCUCUUUGUCAGCGGGUUCACACGCUGACCGCACACGGGCGGGUUUGCUGGUUUUCUCUGAAUGAAGACACUACCGGAUACCGACUCGUUACUUUUAAUACGUCAGUGAACCGGCGGCUUUUUAAUUUUUGGUUAUUUUGUGCAGUCAGGGCUGCAGUGCUUUUAUCUGCUGCUGGAUUUAACUACCUUUGUUUGGAGAAAAGAAGCUGAUGCUGCGGUUCAGUCACACUGACGGACGAAUCACCCAUCAGUGACUCUGCGUUGCGCCUGGUGUCCUCGGUCUUUUGUGUGGAACCGGUCUGUCAGUCCCCGACUCUGACUUCAACUAUCCUGGUCCUCUCCCGGUCCUUAUCCAGUGUGUACCGGGCUCAGGAGCACAAUGCCGGAGUGCGUGACGGUACCAGAGUUCGUGCAGGAGGUUCAGGAGGACUGGAGCUCUCCCACCACCUCCUCUUUCACCUCCAAGAUGAUCUACUGCAGAAACACCGUCUACCUGCUGGAGGAGGCUCUCGACAGUGACCGGUUGGUGCUGCACAAGAUGAAGAAAGCUGCAAAAGCCAAAUACACAUCAGGACAAGAACACGUGUCUCAUUUGGAGCAGUACAUUAAUUCGAUGGAGAAGCUGUCGGUCAACUGUCACUCAAAUGGAGAGGCUGAGGUCGGCUCUGCCUUCUGCCGCCUGGCGGACUUUUCUAAAGAGCUCCUCUCUCCCAUGAAGAACCUGUUAAAGAGCAUGCUCCACAACAUCAACUUCUUCUUGGACUCUCUAGUUAAAGGAGACCUGAGGGACGUGAAGGGGGAUCUGAAGAAGCCAUUUGAAAGAGCGUGGAGGGAUUAUGAGAGCAGAUUUAAACAGGUGGAGAAGGAGAAGAGGGAGUUAGCUCGGCAGUACGGGAUGGUGAGGAGCGAGGUGAGCGGAGGAGAAAUCGCGGAGGAGCUCGAGAAGGAAAGACGCUCCUUCCAGUUGAGCAUGUGUGAGUAUCUGAUCAAGGUCAAUGAGAUUAAGACAAAGAGAGGAGUCGAUCUGCUGCAGAACCUCAUCAAACACUACCAUAGCCACAACAAUUUCCUGCAGGAGUGUGUUUCCACUACUCAGAGGCUGAAGCAGUACAUGGACGAGCUCAACGGUGUCCUGACCACGGUGAAGCAGCGUCAGGAGGAGGAGAAGAGACAGCUGUGUGCUCUCAGAGAUCAGCUGAGGCCCGUCGUCCACACAGAGCAGGACUCUUUACCCAAGCAGGUGUACAAUAUGCAUCAGCUGCUGGGAGACAAACAGUACGGCACGGAGAGAACGGGAUUCCUCUACAAGAAGAGUGACGGGUUGAGGAAAAUGUGGCAGAAGAGGAAAUGUUCAGUUCACAACUGUUACCUGACCAUCGCACAUGCUACUCCUAAUAAACCUCCUACCAGACUCAACCUGCUCACCUGUCAGGUUAAACCCAGCGUGGAGGAUAAGAAGUGCUUCGACCUCAUCUCUCAUAAUCGGACUUACCACUUCCUGGCUGAAGAUGAAGCUGAGUGUGUGGCCUGGAUGUCAGUGCUCACUAACAGUAAGCAGGAGGCUCUGAGUAUGGCUCUGGAUGGGGGAAGAAAAGGGGGAGGAGGGAGCGAGAGCAGCGUGGAGGAUCUAACCCGAGCCAUCACUGAUGACAUCAAACGGAUGCCGGGAAACAACAACUGCUGUGACUGCGGAGCACCAGAUCCCGGGUGGCUCUCUACAAAUCUGGGUAUCCUGACCUGUAUCGAGUGUUCAGGCAUCCACAGGGAAAUGGGGGUCCAUGUCUCCAGGAUCCAGUCCCUGAGCCUGGACAGUCUGGGAACCUCAGACCUGCUGCUGGCCAGGAAUGUCGGUAACUCUGGUUUUAAUGAAAUACUGGAAGCCAACCUGCUGAGUCCGUCACUAAAGCCCUCCCAACACAGCCACAUGCCGGAGCGCAAAGACUUCAUCCUGUCAAAGUAUCAGGAUGUUAAUUUUGUGAGGCGGAGCCAUAGCUCCUCUUCAGCGCUGCGACUCCGUCUGCAGGAGGCGACCAAGAGCUGCGAUAUCUACACUCUGAUCCAGCUGUACGCCCAGAGGAUGGAGCUGAGCCAGCCGCUGCACACACACAUACAGGAGAAAGGGGAGACCGCGCUCCAUUUAGCUGUCCUAUUGGCCGACAGGACAUCGCUGCACAUCCUGGACUUCCUGGCUCAGAACUGCUCCAAUGUGGACAUACAGACAUCAGCGGGAAACACGGCGCUGCACUACAGCUGUCUGCACAACAAGACCGACUGUGUGAAACUGCUGCUGAGAGCCCGGGCCAACACACACAUCAAGAACGAGUUGGGAGAAUCCGCUCUGGACGUGAGCCGCAAGUUGAAGCACACCCAGUGUGAGGCACUGCUGCAGCAGGCCCAGUCCAACCAGUUUGACCAUCACGUCCACGUGGAGUACGAGUGGAGGCUUCGUCACGACGAUCUGUACGACAGCGACGACGACUUUGAUGACAAGAAUGGUCCAUUGAAAAAGGAGCGCUCGUCUUCCUCCUCGUCCUCCUCUUUCACCCCCUCCUUCUCCUUCUCCUCCCGUCCCUUCAGCUUCAGUCAGUCCAACUGCUCCUCUGUGACACUGUCGUCCUCCUCUGGAACACCUGGUGGACCAGCGGGAGGUCUUCUCAGUGUGGGGAGGAGGCUCGCCAUGGCCAUGGAGCUUCACAGCCAUCCCACUGGCUCUGUCCCCAGCCCACCUCCUCCUCCCCCAUCCUCCCCUGCACCCCCACUGCCCCCCAGGGUCAAAGCUCCCAAUGUUCCUCCUCCUCCUCCUCCUUCUGGAGGAGAUGGAAUGGGGGAGGAAGAGGAGGAAGAGGGUGAGGUCUUCUUCCCCCUGACAGGAAACAGAAAGACAACUCCUCCCUCUCCCAUCGCCGUCCGACACAAGAGGAGCUGCUCAGAAUCUGAUUAUGGGUUGCCAACCAGUCCCAGGAUAUACAGCGGUCCGGACUCCUCCUCCUUCAGGAAGUGUGUUCCGUCUUCUCCUCUCUGCUCGCUGACUGAACGAUCCGACAGAGGUUUUCGGCGGGCGGACAGUGAAGGUGGCUCCUCCCACUUCCAGAACCCCAACAAUAAGGUACCGAUCAACGGCUCUCCCUCCAAUCACCGCUCUCAGAGCUUUGAGAAUGACAGCAGAGGCCCCGCCCCUCAGCCACUUCCUCGCAGAUCACUGCCUCGGGGAGCAUCUAAUCGUCGCGUUCAGGCGCUGUACGACUGCCAGGCCGACCACCACGACGAGCUAAGCUUUUCUGAGGGCCAGGUGCUGGUGGUCCUGGGACAGGAGGACAAUGAUUGGUGGCAUGGUUACAUAGAGGACGAACCAGACCAGAGAGGGUUGUUCCCUUCUUCGUUCGUCCAGCCGCUCUCUGACUGACACGAACCCGAGCCAGACCAAGAACCAGCACAAAUCCAGAUCACCACAGAGCCUCGAGAACCCGAACCUGGAGCUCUGGAGCACCAAACCGGACGAGAUCUGCGGAUGGAUCAGGUCAGAGGUUCAACAACUGGCGUUGCCACAGCAACCUCAUGCCUUCUGUUACCAUGGAAACAUUAUUGGUGACCUUUCAGUAAAAGACCACACAUCUAUUUUUACGUGGCUCCGUAAGAUCAGGAAGACACCAAUGAGACGGCCUCACGCAGACCAAACAGCCAGAAUCUGAGGCUGCUGACACUGAUACUUUUAUUUAUUUAAAAUAGAAGAGGAUAUUUAAAUUAAGCACAAAGGUAAGGGCAGAUCACUUCAAGAAACAGCACUGGACUCUUAUUCUGAAAUUAAUCCGAUCCUUGUUUUAUUUUAUGUUUAUUUAUUAUAAUUUAUUUAACAUUACUGAUUAUGUGGUGAGCCAAACCAUAUGAGCUGCUGCUGGACUUCAGGUUUUGAUGGACACGAUUUAGAACAGAGCACAAAGGAGCAGAAAGAUACCGAGGACCAAAGCUCCAAAGUAAGCUCGAGAUGCUCACUCGUUUGUAAAAGCGGACUUCACAGGAGGGGAAAUUUGGAGCCAUCUGAUGCUUCCGGUCGCCUUCGAUGUCCCGAGAUAUCACAACACCUCAGUGAAUAUAACCGUGUGCUGCUGUCAAAUCAGUUCAGUCAAGCGUCCAAACUUCUCACUACAAGUUUUUUCUUUCUUGAUUAGAUUGUCAAAUAAUUCUGGUUCAACAAGAAGCUUCUAUAUAAUGUAUUAACAUUUUAACCAGGGAUGGAAAAUAUAUUGAAACAUUUUACUCACGUACCUGAUUACUUUGUUUUUUGUUUUUUAACCUGACUAUUAGAGGAAAAAAAAACUCAAUUUAAUUUCUGUAAAAGUAGUGGGUUAUUUUAUAAUGAAAUUAGUUUCAUCUAAAAAAGAUCAAGCACAGGAAUAAAUAUACUUGGCACUUAAUAAAUUCUACUGAAUUUAUCAUACAUACCUUGCAUGCGCAGGAUAUGAAUUUAAAGCCCUGACAACUUGUUUUUUUUUUUUUUUUUGUUUUUUUUUUUUUUUUUCUUUUAAGUUUACAUUUUAAUGAAAUGUGUAUUUUUUAAUGACCUGCAGCCGCCCGACUUUAUUUCCAUUCCCGUGUACAAUAGUGUAUCAUCUUAUAUAACCCCUGGCAAAAAUUGUGCAAUCACCACACUUAGAAGAACUUUAACUUUGUAGCAAAUAAACUGGUUUUGUUUAAUA